CCUCUCACUGUCGGAGCUCAGCGGCGCCCGCCUGGACACAGCAGCAGCACGAAGACAACAGCCGGGAUGAAGGCCGAGAAAUUUACGCUGCUGCGUCACUUUGACGGCAUGCCGCAGCCGUCUGAUUUCCAGCUGGAGUCUGAGGACCUUCCUGAGCUGAAAGAGGGUGAGUUCCUCUGUGAGGCCGAGUUCCUCAGCGUUGACCCGUACAUGCGGCCCUACUCGAAGGACCUCAACCCGCCAGUGACCAUGAUCGGAUCACAAGUGGCGCGCGUACUGGAGAGCAGGAGCGACAAGUUCCCGGUGGGCAGCCGGGUGGUCGGGGCGCUUGGAUGGCGUUCUCGCACCGUCGUCAGUGAAGACAUGCCGUCCGCCGUCUUUGGACUGAGGAAGCUUCCUGACCUGGGCGACCUUCCGACGUCAUAUGCUCUCGGCUCGUGCGGCAUGCCGGGCAAUACAGCCUACUUCGGCUUCCUGGAGAUCUGCAAGCCCAAGGAGGGCGAGACGGUGGUGGUGACGGGCGCGGCUGGCGCCGUCGGCAGCCUGGUCGGACAGAUCGCCAAGAUCAAGGGCUGCCGCGUGAUCGGCUUCGCGGGUACGGACGACAAGUGCGCCUGGAUCCGCCAGCUCGGAUUCGACGUGGCCAUCAACUACAAGACGUGCGCGGACAUCGACGCUGCCCUGAAGAAGGCCGCCCCGGACGGCGUGGACUGCUACUUCGAUAACGUCGGCGGAAUGCUCAGCUAUCAAAUCCGCAAACAGAUGAACCUGUUUGGUCGUAUUUCUGUGUGUGGCUUUAUCUCCAGCUACAACGAGAAGACCGGUGAGGAGCUGAAGCUGGAAAUCCCCGAGAAGCUGAUUCUGUUCAAGCAGCUUAAAAUGGAGGGUUUCAUCGUCACCCGCUGGGACCAGGAGGAGACAUGGAACAGGGGCGUCGAACAGAUGGCCUCCUGGAUCAGGGAGGGCAAGAUUCAGGUCCAGGAGACGGUCACGGAUGGAUUCCAGAACAUGCCGCAGGCCUUCAUCGGCAUGCUGAAAGGAGAAAACACGGGGAAAGCCGUGGUGAAAGUCAAUGCUCAAUGAGACGAACCCCUCACUCAAUAGUCUAAUGAGCAUUUGUGUGCUCGUGUAUUGUGUUCUGCUGAUUAAAUUCGAGAUCUUGCAACGAGCGAUGUGUACUUUUGUUUCAUUGAGUUGAGGUAGAAACACAUCCCUAGCACAUUGCUUCGGGCCUGACAUGUGUUUACAGGGACCCAUCUCGAUGGAGAUAUGAGUACUGAGUAGGCAGUAACCCGCUCAUUAUCUUUAUGUUGGUAGUGAAGUCAGUUCUCCUACCCUGCCGCGGGUGACUGCAGCGGCCCGCGGCGCCGGCCGGUGACCGGCACUGUUUGCACGUGCACGGCACUGGUGCGCUGCUGCGUCACUUAGAUCACCGGUCCAAUUAGGAAAACCCAUCGCUCGUCGGAGAUCGGGCGGGGCGGCGGCCGAUUGAAGUGGGCGGCCAUCCAACGCCGGUGGCCAGCGGGCCAUCUGGGAUGACCGAUGAUCAGGGCAUACUGAGGAACGGAGGCGUCUGUCAUGAUACGCAAUACGUUUGCCUGAAGCGUUCACAGUUCUGCCGCUAAAUUCACUAUUAUUGUGCACAAUGGUUUGAUUGUCAUGUCACGGAUGCAGUGCGCUUCAAGUGACUUUAAAAGGGUUAUUUGGCGUUGAUUGAUAGGUGGCAGCCGGCAACAUGGGCAAAGUGCCGCAUUUCAUUCUACUGACAGUGGCUGAAGUGAGAG